AUGGAGAUGGUUGUAUCUGAUUUGUGCGAAGUUACAUUCUCCAUUGGAAAACACUAUGUGAGUGAAAUUUUAUGCGAUGUAGUGGACAUGGACGUGUGCCAUUUGAUUUUGGGGCGUCCGUGGCAGUAUGAUGUGGGAGCUAUCUAUGACGAACAAGCAAACACGUAUUCAUUUGAAUGGAAGGGCAAGAAACUCAGAUUAAUCCCCAGAUCUCCUGACCAAGAUGCAAUUGAUAAAAGUCCAAAUAAUGCACUAAUUGCUGUUACGGGUAAAGCAUUAUUAAAUGCUUGGAAAGAAUCUACCUGCAUGCUGGCUCUUGUGGUCAAAGAACAAGCUUGUUCUAUCCAGUUUGUCAAGUUGCCGAAAGUCGUUGAUGCUCUGUUAAAACAAUUUGCUGACAUCGCUCCAUCUAAGCUACCAGCGGGACUCCCUCCGAUGCGGGCAAUACAACAUCAAAUUGAAUUUUAUCCAGCAAAUAGUAUAAGAGAUGUUGGGCAAGCAACUGAUUCAAGAGAGUUUGAGCCCAUGCGCGGUACCUGCUUUAUUGGUGCCCAUGAAAGACGGCAAUUGGAGGAUGUGCAUGAACAGUUGAGCCAUAAACAAAAUUACAGUAAAGUUCUGUUUCCCAAUGCCGCAGAUGGAAGAUAUGCUAGAUAA